CAGACCUCAAAAAACGAAGCCAAACCAAAACCGGUGAAUAUAAAACCGAUUUUCCGGCCCCGUAGAUCGUCGCCGGAAAAAAUGGAGUUCUUGGACGACAACACCAGGCCCAGGUUUCUCUUCGAGUCCCGACAAUCAACAACCUCAGACCCACCGCAAACCAAUAACCACGCCGCCGCCAAACCCUUCUUCCUCCUCACCAUUUCUCUCUCUUCCCUCCUCCUCAUUCUCUCUCUCUUCUUCCUCCACUCCGAGCCCUCCAAAUCCCUCCUCCUCUGGCUCGCCCUCUCCCUCCUACUUGGCCCCUUCGCCCCGAUCUCCCUCACCGGCGGCGACAUCCGCGUCGGCCGAGGUCCGAUCGUCGACUUCCCCGACGAUUCGCCCCAAUCCGACGAGGAAACGAGGAAGAGAAACCCGCAGAAGAGGCCGAAGCCUCGGCGACCGAAUGAAUUCCCCGCCGAUCCGACGAAAUCGGAAACCCUAGCGAUCGCGAGCGUGACCGCGAGAGGACCGAAGAAGGAUGAAGAGGAAGAGGAACGGUGGGAAGAGAAGGAGUGGACCGAAGACGAAAUCGAGGUUCUGAAGAAGCAAUUGGUGAAGAAUCCGGUCGGGAAGCCGCGGCGGUGGGAGGCGAUCGUGGAGGCGUUGCGGGGACGGCAUAAGGUGGAGAGCGUGAUCAAGAAGGCGAAGGAAUUGGGGGAGAGGAAAUUGAGCGACGCCGAUUCGUAUUCGGAGUUUCUGAGGAGGAGGAAGCCGGUGGACAAGAGGAUUAUUGAAGAGAAUCAAGGAGCGGAUAACAAUGGCGGAAGCAUUUGGAGCUCCGGAGAGGACAUUGCUCUGCUGAACGCUCUGAAGGCAUUUCCGAAGGACGCUCCGAUGAGGUGGGAGAAGAUCGCCGCCGCCGUGCCGGGGAAGUCGAAGGCGGCUUGUAUGACGAGAGUUUCCGAACUGAAGAGAGAUUUUCGGAGCUCGAAAUCGGCGGCGGCUGAGAGUUAGAUGAGGAAGAGAAAUGAUCUUUCUCUUGUUUAAUUUGGAAGUCCGAUGUGAUGGAGAACGGGGAGGGUAUAGAGAAGGUUCUCCCAAUGAGAAAUCUCUUAUUCCGACCCCGCCCCUUCUUAAGCAGGAAUGGGGAUGGGAUGGAGAUAGUUUAGGAGGCAGAGAUGGGGAUGGGAAAUCAUCCUCCGCCCCCACCCCGCCCCAUUGCCAUUCCU